UUAUUUGAUUUUUUAAAUUCAUUUUUAUUUUAUUGAUUGAUUGAUUGAUUGUGAGGCGUUCUUAACCUUCCUACGCCUGCCGGGCUGCCGAGGGUAGAAACCUCGGAAACGGACUAUAAAAUCGUGUGUGCGCACCAGAAUGCAUUUUUCUGGGGAGAAAGUUCCUAACUCCGCCAUAGUCUCGAAGAGGCCGGAUCUCCAGAGGGUCCAGAACCUCUGCUGUGGGUUAAACAGGAGCUCGACUCCCUGCUGCCCGGGUCGCCUGGGGGGCUCAGUGGUUGAGCCUUCAGGUCUGUCCCUGGAGUCCUGGGCCAUAAUACAUUUGGCUAUAUGAUAUAAACCAAAACAUAGAAAAAGAAAAGGAAUCAAAGUUGGGUGUUUUUUUUAAGUGUUGAAAGCAAAAAACAGGUGAGUAAAAAAAAAAAAUUAGUGAGAGAUGAGAAAGAUAGGUAUAGGUUACUGCUUUAUUAUCCUGCCCCCUCCUAAGAGUGUUAACAGUAAAAUAAUUAUUAGUACUAAGCAUUUUUUUAGUGUAUAUCAGGUGUCAGGAUAUAUGCUCACCAUAUAUGCUCACACUUUACAUUCAUAAAACCUACUUCUCACAACCCGAAGAGAGAAAUUUUUAUCCCCCGACCCUUCCCUCUUUGUGUGUGCAGAUAGGGAUGGAGGGGAUCAGGAAGUUAAGCGAGUCUUCCACACCCGAUAAGGGAAGGGAUACAAAUUUGAACCCAUGUCUAACUGCAGCCCAUGCUCUUUCCACUGAGUUCCACUUCAAACCUCUAAAAGGCACAGUCCUGGUCCUUACUCAUCUUUGAAUUUCCCCACACCAGAACCUAGGAGGCGUUCCAUACACAUUUCCACGGGGAUACAAUCUCAUCAUUCCCAUAACCCCGCUCCUCCUCCCCACUCCCUUGAUUCCCCAGUAUGCAGGUAACCUCAAGAAGAUUGGAAAAUCUUUGGGUGCUUAACUUUUGAACUGUGAUUGGCAGCUAUGAAGUAACCUUGCUUUAGGACAGAUCCUUAUGUCAAACUUCUGCUUGAUGCCAUGAAGCACUCAGGUUGUGCUGUUAACAAAGAAAGACACUUUUCUUGUGAAGACUGUAAUGGCAAUGUCAGUGGAGGUUUUGAUGCUUCGACAUCUCAGAUUGUUUUGUGCCAGAACAACAUCCGUAAUCAGGCCCAUAUGAACAGAGUGGUCACCCACGAGCUCGUUCAUGCGUUCGAUCACUGUCGUGCUCAUGUCAACUGGUUCACUGAUGUCAGACAUUUGGCCUGCUCAGAGGUUCGAGCUGCUAACCUUAGUGGAGACUGCUCACUUGUAAAUGAAAUUUUCAGGUUGCAUUUUGGAUUGAAACGACAUCAUCAGACUUGUGUGCGAGACAGAGCCAUUCUUUCUAUCCUGGCUGUUAGGAAUAUCAGCAAAGAAGUAGCCCAAAAGGCUGUUGAUGAAGUUUUUGAAUCUUGUUUCAAUGACCAGGAACCUUUUGGAAGGAUCCCACAUAACAAGACUUAUGCAAGAUAUGCACAUAGAGACUUUCAAAAUCGUGAUCGGUAUUACUCAAAUAUAUGAAGACAAUGACAUUUUAUAUUAUGGGGCUUCUGUGAUCAUGAAGAAAAUAUGGUUCUUAAGUGGACAAACAUAUAAAAUAUAAAUGAUCAAUUAAAUAGAGAUAAAACACAGAAGAUACUGAUUCUAGCAUACAAUCAGAAGAAGUAACUGUGGUAAAAGGGAAACUGCCUUAAACUCCAAGGCAAAAAUUGUAACUUUAUAGUUAACCAUUUGAUAAAUAAGGCAAAUAAAUUGCAUUUUUGUA